AUGUAUGUUUCACAACAGCCGAUCCUACAUGUCGAAGCCCGGGUUAAAAACAACAGUGAUGGAAUCAUCGUCCGAACUGAUCUGGUAAGAGACGAAGUUACACAAUGGCUUAUUGACAAUUUCGUCGUCUUAUCUCUUGGACAGACGAUUUCUUCAUUCGGAGGCUUAAGCGAGCCACAUGCCCAAGUCCUGGACUCUAUACUUGUUGCCGAGUGUAGUGGAGGUAAUCUGGAUUCCGGAGCAUAUCGACUCCAGCAGGUUCAGUUGGAUGUACAAGCGUAUCAACUCCGCACGCAAUCCGACCAACAAAGCCCCCCAAACACUCAGAUAUUCGACGAAUCAGGAAAUGGGGAUGAUGUACCCAGAGCAAGGACUCUGGCACUACCGAACAAAGAUCUGGAUGGACUAUGGGAGUCAUUGGAGUUCGAUCAGCCAAUACAGUCGACGAUACUUUCUGCUAUAAGCCGAAUGGUCUCGUUUUCUGCUCGAAGGCUCGAUAAAUGGACCAUCAAUUGGAACAGGUUAAUCCUCAUUUGGGGACCACCAGGAACCGGAAAAACAAGCUUCUGUCGCGGUCUUGCCCAGAAGCUUUCCAUACGCCUUGGGAAGCAUUAUCCCCAGAGCAAGUUGAUCGAGAUUAACGCACAUUCUCUAGGAAGCAAGUUUUUUGGUGAGAGCGGCAAGCUGGUGAACAGAGUGUUAGAGAGCAUAGAGCUUCUUCUCGAGGCGGAAGAGGACACAUUCGUCUGCAUGUUCAUGGACGAGAUAGAAACCUUAGCUGCUCGGAGAGACAGAGCUUUGAGCAGCAAUGAGCCCUUCGAUGCAAUUCGGGCGGUGGACGCUCUACUAACAGGCCUAGACAAGCUGAAAGAGCACCCAAACGUUAUUGUUGUCUGUACCAGCAAUUUGGUCACAGCGCUGGAUCAAGCUUUCCUCGAUCGCGUGGAUAUUAAGCAAUACAUACCUCAAUUGUCCAGCAGACCGAUCUACAAGAUUUAUAAGGAGUGCCUAGAGGAAUUGGGUCGACAUGGCAUCAUCGAGGGUACCUCAUUUGACGUGGUCCAAGUUGCUCCGACCGAUCCCCAGACGGCUUUACAGUAUGUGGAGCAGCCCGCAGAACAGCUCAUCUUACCGACAUUCGACGAUAUGUUGCUGCAUUAUAAGAUGUUCCCGGAUGCCAUACCCAAACUGCUUGCCGAUGCCGUUUUGGAGAGUAUCGGGCUUAGCGGCCGCACCGUGCGACGACUACCCGCUCUCUCUCUGGUCUUGUAUAGCAACCGUGCCCGAUGUGAUAUCCGGACGGCUAUUCAGGCGCUGCGGAUGGGCAUAGCGUCGGAAUGUCAGGCUAUGGCGGAGGCGACGAUGGCCGAUGAGCACUCGGGAACAGCAGCGCCCAAUGGCCAAUGAGAGCGGGAGGAUUGAUUACUGGGACUCGGUUCUGGGUGGAGGAACGGGGUUGAGAGAUGGGGAGGGAACAGUGAUGGUCCGUGAGGAUAAACCAAGAGGCAUUGAGACCUUGAAGCUUCCUGCAAGCUAGUCUGUAAGGUUGUUGUUCCAUUGUAGUCGCAUGUUGUGAGCAUCAUCAUCAGGUGGCCCUCGAAAAUUGUUGUUCCGAAAAGUCGCGGUUUUCACCGAAGGCAGUUAGGACCGGGGCGGCAGCCAAUCAGAACGAGGGUUUAGGCAAUUCCAAACCCAAGAGAAACUUGACCCGUUCG